AAAAGGGGCGAGUCUUCAGAGAGAGUCGGGCAGCUAGCGUAGUGUGCUAACAGCUAGCUCAAAGGUAGUGUAAUCCACCAUGGUUAACGCUAGUACUCGGCCACGUUACACGUUAACUGGUGCUUAACUUUUUAUUGGCUCACGAAUAUUUGAUCACAUAUAUUCGCAGGUUUUUCAAAGCCUGGUCGAGUUUUUUGUCGGGCUUGUUGUUGCUAACAUGACUGUAGUUAGCUAGUUAGCUAGCUAGCACGCUGCUCUGCAAUGUAAACAGUAGGUAACGAGUUAACUAGUUAUCUUACAAUGUCUCUUAAAUAAAGGGAUAGGUAACUCAACAAAGGAAACGUCCCAUAUAUGCAUCCAGGUUUGUUUCUGCACCCUGCACCAACAGGCUCAGCAUCAUGUCUAUUGACUUUGACAGUGCUGCUCUUCAGACCCAGCAUGAAGAAGAAGAAGAAGAGUACGACCAGGAGGACUAUGCAAGAGAACAGGAGCUUCACAAAUUGCUCACCGACCUGCCCGAUGACAUGCUGGAGGACAGCAUAGACUCCUCCUCCCCAGACCUGGAGUACUCUAAAUGUAGCAAUAAAAACACUGGCAAAAGCCCACACUCCGCAUGGACUCAGCAAUGGUCAGAUCAUCCAAGGCCAACUUCUCACGAACAGAACCCUGAAGUUGGCUAUGAUCAACACUCCCAUGAUGAGUACGCAUAUGAGGAUGGAGCUGUUCAGAACAAUGGACAUCAACCUCUCCCUCACACGUGGAACCAGGAUCAUCAGUUCCCACAGGGAGAAUAUACAUACACCAGCAUAGGCUCAGAAAAAUCUACAGGGACCAAUGAUUUCUCCACAGACGAGUAUGAGUCUAAACCGUAUCCCCAAGGCACUAAUAACGCUGUCAUGUAUAAUGGAGACGGAAGAGACAUCCAAAACCACGGGGAUCACAACAACGGCAGAAACCAAUUUCAAACUAUAAAGUCCAGAGUGCUGGACAGAGGUUUGGAUCAGCACCAGGCCAGCUACAAUCCUCACCAUCCUGCCCAUCAGCCAAAGAUGUUUAACUCACAGGCCGUUCAACAAGAAGGUCAAUUCGACCAUCUGCAAAGAGAAUUCCUUGACUCGACACAACAAACUGCUGAUAGAGAGCAGCUUACCCAGUUGCAGAUUUUAAACAAGGCUCAGCAGAGGCAACUUGAAGACUUGGAGCGAAAACUGGAGGAUUCAAGGCGAAAUAUGAGAUACAUCGAGCAUCAAUUUGCAAUUGCCAAAGACCAAAAGGAUGGCCUAGCAGUAAGCCUAAAGGAAUCCAGUCAACUGGUUGAAGAAGCUAAGGAGAGAGAGGUUCAAAUGCAAAACAAAGUGAAGGCAAUGGAGCAGCAAGUCCAUGUCCUAACUGAGAGAGACCAGGAGAACUCGAAGAAACAGAGGGUGGCAGAAGCUGCAGUGGACAGCAUGAAGCAGCAGAUGUUGGAACUUUGUCGCUCGGACACACUGUCCAGGGCGCGGCAGCAGCAUGACCGAGACCUUACUGUCAUAAAGGAGCAGCAUGAGAAUGCAGUGUUGACACUAAAGCAGAAGCUGGACUCGACCUCUCAGGCUCUGAAUGAAAAGAUUGAUGUUGGUCAGAGGCUACGAGAGCAGGUGAAGCAACUGGAGCGCCAGAGAGAAGAAGAGCAAAUGGAGAGAGCCAGAGUGGUCAACACCCUCACUCAGCGUCUGGAGGAGAGUCAACAACAAUGUGCCAAGCUGCUGCAGACAAGUUCAGUGCAGGAGAUGAGCCAGAUACAAAUCAAACUACAGCAGGCUCAGUCAGCCAAAGCACUGAGUGAAAACAUGAACAUAGUCUUGCAGGAGGAUCUGGCUGAGUUGAAGGAGCAGAUCACUCUGUACGAAUCUGCUUUGAAACACGGUGUUAUUGCAUUAGACCUGAACAAUGACUGGGAGAACCAGCUGUCUGACUCCUGCGUGGAUUUAGGACUAAAGAAAACAAACAGGAAAAAUGGCUUGCUUCACAGUGCUGCGAUGGCUCACCUGUCGGACUCCAAGCUGCCCAAAGAUGAAGCUUUGCGGGUGCUGCGAGUAGAGAUGCAGCGCUGCCUGGGAAGUCUGAAGGGGAAGCGGCAGAAGAUCAGUCAGCUGCAGGAGGAGCUCCAGCUGUGUCAGGGUCGAGUGGCCAAGCUGCAGACACAGUUAGAUGAAGCCAAGCUCUGCUCUUCGAUCAGAGAGACCAGCCAGAUGAAACAUCUAGACCUAACGGGAGAGUCUCAGAAAGAGUUCUUGAGACUACAGGAAGACAAACGACACUUGCAGGAACAAGUGGAGGUGUUAGAACAGAAGAAUUUGGAGCUGAAACAGAGUGAGGAAAAGUUAAGGUCUGUAAACUUGGAGCUUUGCACCAAGAUGAGGGAGAUGAUCCAGGAACUCGACCAAGAGAAGCAGGAGGCUGCCGAGAGAGCUGAGAGGAUUCAUGAGCAGUACAGGGAUGAUGUGGUGGAUCGGGUCAGAACAGAGCUCAUGCUAGAACAUGAUGCUCAGGUCGAACAGCUGAUUGCACAGCACCAGCAACAGGUCCAACAGUUACAGUCCCAGCUGUCUGAGGCAAAUGAUAAGAUGUUGGCUGUGCAAGAGUGUUACAUAUCUGUCUGCAAGGAGAAGGACAUGUUUGACAAGGAGGCUUUUAUCAAAUUAAAUGAGCAAAAGAUGAGAGAAGAGAGUGGCACAGCUGUGGAGCAGCUGAGAGCUGAGCUUGAGGCUCAGCAUCAGGCCUCAAUAAACCAGCUCAAAGCUCUGUGGUCCAAAGAAAAGGAGACUGAGGUCCAGCAGCAGGUGAAUUCUCAGGCAGCCUCGGCCAUGGCUGCUUGGAAGGAGGAACUACAAAAGAUGGAGAAGACCUGGGUCCAGAAGCUGGAGGAGGCCAGGAGAGAGCAACACAAAGAGACUGCUGAGGCGACCUCUCAGGCAGAUGAGAUUGAGGCCAGCAAUGUGACAAUAACUGUUGAGGAGCUGGACUCCAGGCUUAGUGCCCAGAAACAGCAGCUGCAACUGGAGGCUGACAAAGUAAAACGCAAAGCUGUGGAAGAAGCUAGGAAACGUGCUCAGAGAGAGCUACACGAGAAACACCUGGAGGACAUGGCCAAACAGGUUGAAGGUGCAGUAACCAGGGCCUACAAUCGCUGGAUUGAGGAUUUGACUUCAUUACCAGAAUACCAAGCCUCUCUCCAAACAGAGAGGGAGAAAUGGGAAGAACUACAAGAAAAAUGCACAGAACAACGGGUGUCCCAGGCCCUGAAGGAGGCAGAGGAGCGGUGGUUUGAUAAGCAAAAGAACCAGCCGGAGGAGCAGAGCUCUGGGACGCAGAGGGUGGAGGAUCUCCAAGAGGAGGUGGCAUCUCUCCAGAGUCAGCUGGAGCAGCAGAGGAGAGAGCAAGCUGCCCUUCUGAAGGCUGAGCUGGCCGGAGCUAGAACAGCCUGGAACCGAGACAAACAGGAGGUCUCCGUCAUCCAGGCCCGCAGUGAGCAGGUCUACCAAAGCAAGUUGCAAGAGCAGCGCAAAAAGCUGGAGCAGGCUUUGCAGCAGGCCAGAGAGGAUGCCGAUCUCCAAAAGAAGGAGCUGCUCCUGCAGAUGGAAGCCAAGCUACAACAGACUCUGAGGGCCCGAGAGGAGGAGUGGAGAUGUCAGCAUGCAGAGAAGGAGCAGGCUCAGAGAAAACAGAUGAGAGAUGAAUUACUAGCAGAGCUUCAGACUGGUCUGGCAGAGGUCCAGGCACAACUUCUCAGGGAUCCCAAAAGAGAUCAGCAGGGCACUGAAGACACCAAGAGGACCAGCGGGGCCACAUCAGAGGGCACAAUAACACACAUCGUCCAAGCAUUCUGCAAAGACCUGGUCAACAGAGCCGUAUCUCAAGCCAAGAAGGAAUGGAAGACAGUAGAGGAGGAGCAGCUGAGCCGUGUGUUAAAAGAAACACAGGAGCAGCAUGAGAAAGAAAUCGACAAAAUGCAAAGUUUGUUCUCCCAGAGGAAGGAGCAGGCUCGCUGCAGGAAGGAGUGCACUGAGACUUUAGCUAAGCUGCAGAAGAAGAACCAGGAGCUCCAGAGGCACUUAGAGAAAGCCUGUCGUCAACUCCAGCACAGCGUUCGAGAGCAUAAAAAUGCCAUGCAGCAUCUAAAAGAUGAACAUGAAAGCAGCUUGCGAAAGGCAAAGGAGGGACAUCUGCAGCAGCUCGAGGAGGUGAAGAGAGCCAAAGAAUCCUCAGGGAGUUCGGAUCACAAACAAAAUGUUCAGCAAGGCCUUGAGGAGAUGAAGCAGCAAUACCUGAUGACUGUGGAAAAGAUCAGAGGAGACAUGCUGCGUUACCUCCAGGAGAGUCGGGAGCGAGCAGCAGAGAUGAUCCGCACAGAGGUGCAGAGGGAGAGGCAGGACACUGCCAGAAAGAUGCGGCGCUAUUAUCUGACCUGUCUGCAGGAGUUACUCGAGGAUGGAGGAAAGACGACGGGGGCUGAAAAGAAAAUAAUGAAUGCUGCAAGCAAGCUGGCAGCGAUGGCUAAAGUGCUAGAGACGCCCUUAAAAAGUAAAUCUGCAAAGAACUUCAGUUUACAAAGUGGUUUGACGGCUGUGUCCUCAGCUGACUGCCUUCCAGGUAGAAACGCAGGUUUCAGUAGAAACAUGCCAACACUUACUGAGCUCCCUGAUGUUAGGCCAGAGGAGAGGUUGCACAAGGAAAAAACUUCAGCUGAUUCAGCACAGAAACUAACAGCUGCCGUGAGAACUAAACCUUUGAGUCACCAGGACAUUUCUCCAUCUGGGAAGGAGGAGGCCUCAGUAGAUCCGGGGCUGACACCACAAACUGCUGCUUACUCACACCUCCGCUCUUACAAACCUUGUCAACAGAUGGCAUCUCCAUCACAGGUGGAUUUGGUCAAUGUGUCUGUGAGGAGUAAAAGCAGGGAGCUGAUUUUGCAGGGAGUUCACGCCGGCAAAGCUGACAACCACCUUGACUCCGAGCGACAGAGCAAACCGUUCCUCAUCCAGGAGGCUCCUAUCAGAGAGGAGAAACGGACCAACUGGAGCAUGACCAGCAGUGACUCUAACUCAUGCUUCCAGGUUUCCACACUUUCCCACUCAGGGAGGAGAGUAGAACCAGUGAAGCCCUUUUCUUUCUCUGCUGCAUCAGCUGGUGACUCAGGAGAGUUUGGCGACCUCACUCCGAAUGUGUCUGACCUGACUGUCUAUAACGAGAUUGCGAAAAAGAACUUGAACUUUCAGCAUGCAAAGAUAAGUACACACAGAGAGCCCACCCCAGGCUCUGAGGGUGAGAAGCAGCAUGGAGUUUGUUCCAGACCUUUGUUCUCUGAGUUGAGACAACGGCAGCAGGACAGCGGCUUCGACAGUCCAUUCUACCAACAAAAGUGACAAAGUAAAGGGCAGGUGUGAAGUGAAGUAGUGCCUCUAAAACAGUGUGUAAAGUACAUGAUGUAGAACCUUUACCUUCAUGGCUGUUUGCAGUGUGUUUGUGUGUUGCAUUAACAUUGUUAAAGGAAUAAUCUAACAUAAUGCAAACUGCACUUAUUUACUUUAUUGACGAGAGUUAAAUGAGAAGAUUGAAGUAUGAAGCUACAGCCAACAGCGGGUUAGCUUAGCUUAGCAUAAAAACUGGAAAAAGCUAGGCUAUGGAGCCUCUAUCCAAAGAUAAAGGCUCCAUAGUUUGUGCUAAUCUAAGCUUGAUCAUUUAACACGUUCUAUCCGGUGUUAAUGAAACACUGGAAACCUUGUGUUCCUCUCUGUUUUGUUGGAUUUUUAGGUCAAAAGUCUGCCCAGACUCUAAUAAAUAACUUUGCUACCUUUAGUGACCUGUACUGAUGUCUUCAUGUACCCUGUACUGUGACAACCACUAGAUUAGAUCCAUGUUUAUACAAAGCUCAGUGUUCAGUCGGAUCCCAGUGUGCCUGUAUUUUUUUACAUUUCUUUAUAUUUUAUAUCACGCUAAUGAGAUAUGCUGUGCAUAGGUUGUAAAUG